UUUUUGAAGCUUAAACUAAAAAGAUAGUAAACCCACUUAUACAAAAUCCCCAAACUGAUUUUACCCUAAAACGCAAACACUCUCCACUUCUCCACUCCGUUCGCAUGUUCUUCUCCAUUUUUCCACACCACAUAUAAACCCUACUGCUUUAGUUCUGAACCCAGAAAAAGAAGGCAGAGAGUUUUUAGAGAUUAAAAAUAGGUGAUGAAUCUUAAAGAUUGGUGUGUGUAUUAUACAAUAAUGUUGUUGUUGAUGAAAUUCCGUUUCUAUUAAAACCAACAAAGGCCGAUUUCUUCAAGAAGAAAGAUCCAAAAAGUGCUUCUUUGCUUCUGAAACCAAAAUGAAGACCUGGAAUUUGGUGUUGCUGAUGUUAUGUGUUACGGUUAUAGCUCCUAUUGUUCUUUAUACUGAUAGAUUCUCUGCCUCUUUCAAAGCUUCUUCUUCUAGAAACCAAUUUCUUGAAGAUCUUUCAGCUUUUAUGGGGGUCCCAUUGCAUACAUGGGUUCUUUUCUCCAAUUUCAAGCUGGCUUACAAUCUUCUACGUCGCCCUGAUGGCACUUUUAAUCGCCAUUUGGCAGAAUUCCUUGAUCGGAAAGUCCCUGCUAAUGCAAACGCAGUUGAAGGUGUUUUCUCUUUUGACGCCAUUUGGCAGAAUUCCUUGAUCGGAGGACAGUUGAUUUGUUAAUUUUUCUUGCAUUAAAUUUAUGAUCAGUGUUUUUAUGAUUCAGGGAUUGUCAAACAGUAGGACAGGUGCAACUAGUAUAAAUGCAGAAAGCUCACGCUCACAUAGUGUUUUCACUUGUGUUGUUGAAUCCUGAUGCAAGGUAAUAACUGCUGCAAUUUAAAAAUUAGUAGUUUUUCUUUAAAUUAUGAGUUACAGAUUGCAUAAAGUGUUUCUCUUAAAGGCAUAUAAAUCUGUGUCUAUCUAUUAGAAUACUCUUUACUAGCUAAGCAAUCUGAUAUUCUGUGCAGUCUUGCUCAUUAUAUCUGCUUCAUUAACUUUGACGUAAGAGUAGAAUCUAUUGACAUGCAACAACAAUAGAGUACUUGAAUAUCUUUGUUUUUUUUCAUGAGUUUUGUUUCAUUUCAUUGUGAUCGAUGUUUUCUGAGUUAAACUCUUGUGUCUUUUAGAGCAAGGCAGAUGGUAUAAGCAGGUUUAAAACAAGUAGAAUAAAUCUUGUCGAUCUAGCAGCAUGGUCUUUGUUGUAGUUAACUUGAUUCACAUAUGUACUUUAUAAGGUAAUCUUUAGAUUCUGGUGUCUGUCACUUGAAUCUACAUCUUGGUGUUGUUUCAUGCACUUUUUUUUAUUGCGUCUGUACGGCUAUAUAGUUUAAUAGAACCAAAAAAUGUCAAUUUGACCAAGUGUGUUAUCCUGGUGAUGAGACUAGAAUUUAAGAACUUCAUGGUACU